AGCAAUCAAUUUUGAUUGAAUUAUUUCAUGACCAAGAUUCUUCAAUUUGAAUUCGAUGGAAAGUGCCGUUCCCAUAUUUAAUAUUCUCAAAGAAAUCCGUCAGCUAGGUUGCACUAAUGAGGGUCUUUGCGCUGCAGCCUACAGGCUCUAUAUUCAUUUGUGUGAAGAACGUCACCUCUGGGACGUCCGGUACCACUACCAGAAGGACAUGGACAUCGUCUAUCUCACGGCCCGCAAGCAGAAAGAAGAUUCCGCCGAAGAUGUCUACAUUCCGGUGCUGUCCUUCCAGGACGUCCCCAUGGCUGACGUGGAGCGUUACCAAAACGAGCUGACCACCGGCACCGACAAGCACGGCAACCGUAGUGUCAUCCUGGCGUUCUGCGAUCCCAGCUCGGCGGUGCUACUGUACAAAAUGACCAAUGCAAUCAAACCCCUGGAGGAUAAACCACUCUCCAAAAACAAGCUAGCCAAGCAGCGAGCGAAUCCUUCGAAUAAAUCGUUAGGAUGAAAUGGCUUUCGGCACUCAGUUCUAGAACAAAUAUAUCACAGCCCGCUGGAUCUGUUUUUUUUUUAAUUACAGAAUAAGCAGUAUUAAUAUAUUUUUGUAUCUGUUUCCUUUUCUCUUUUUCUGUAUAGUUAUUGAUUCUUAGCGAUUCUUUCUUCCAUGUGUUUUUUUGUUUGUUUAAUCUUAAGAGUUGUGUGAAUCUGCUUGCAGCUUGUCUUCUUUCAUGUAAUUUCUUCGUGCCACUAUGUAUUUUUUCAGUUUCUGCUUUUUUUAGUAGUUAUUAGGUUAAUCUUUUUUCAUCUUUUUUUGACUAGAAUUUAUCAUUUUUUAAAC